CUUCCCACUUCUCACUCUUCUUCUUCUUCUUCUUCUUAUCUCUUUUUCUUUUUUCCCCCUUUCUUCUUUUCCUUUCUCUUGUCCUGUUGUUUUAAUCUCAUCACCUCAAUUCCAAUCUGUUCUUUCAUCUUUAAACUGGCUCCUAAUCGUUCCCACAAAAGACAAAACAACAAGCUCCAGAUCCCCCUCUCCCUCCUUCGAAAUCCUCCACAGUGGAGAGAUUAGAUGGGCAGAAUCCGCUGCCAAUAUUUCCCCCAACAAAGCAAGGGCUAGCUAGAGAGAGAGAGAGAGUCAGAGAGAGAAGCAGAACAUGGUGAGCUCUAGCUGAUGAAGGAAGGAGACGGAAAAGGGAGAGAGAGAUGGAAUUUGAUGAGCACAAAGACGACGUUGAAGAGGAAGAAGAAGAAGAAAUGGUGACGGCAACUGCCAAGACUACUAGCUCUUCCGGCGGUGGAGGAGGAGAAGGCGAUGGGUCCGGAGGAGGCAGCGCGAGAAUUAAAUCGAGAAACAGUUCAGCCGCCGCUGCACCGGUGAGAUACAGAGAGUGCCUGAAGAAUCACGCGGUCGGGAUUGGGGGCCACGCCGUGGACGGGUGUGGGGAAUUCAUGGCGGCGGGGGAGGAAGGCAGCCUCGACGCGCUGAAAUGCGCCGCCUGCAACUGCCACCGGAAUUUCCACCGCAAGGAAACAGCUGAGGGAGCUGGGGAACCGAUGAUUCCGCAGCAAAAUCCGCCGCCGCCUCCCCAAUUCUCGCCGUACAACUACCGCGGCGCCGCCCCACCGCCGCCUCACCUCCACAGGACCGCACCGUCACCGCAUCGGCCGCUGGCUCUCCCCGCGGCGGGCGGCGGGGGAGGGUACAGUAGGGAAGAGGAAGACGUGUCGAAUCCGAGCAGCAGCGGCGGAGGAGGGGGAGCGAAUAAUAAUAGUAGCGGUAAGAAGAGGUUCAGGACGAAGUUCACGGCGGAGCAGAAGGAGAUGAUGAGGAGAUUCUCGGAGAGGAUUGGGUGGCGGAUCCAGAAGCAGGACGAAGGAGCGGUGGAGCGAUUCUGCGCGGAGACGGGAGUCCGGCGGAAAGUUCUCAAGGUUUGGAUGCACAAUAACAAGCACACUCUCGGUAAGGAGCCCUCGUAACAACAAUAGUAAUGAUAAAUAAUAGUUUUUUUUUUCUUUCCCUCUUCUCCUAAAUGAUGAGGAUUAAGUACUCUAAUCAUCAUUAUGAUCUACUGAUUAUCGAGGAGAUGGUUUGUUUAAUUCUCUUGUGUUAACUAUAUUAUAUAUAGAUACGGGUGUUGUAAUGUAUGAUUAGUGGGGAGAUAGCUAGGGUUUAUGUAUCUUAAUUACUGCCGUUGCUUUUAUAAGAGUCUCUUCUCUCUACCCGUCUUUUGUUUAUUUAUUUUAUUUUUCAAAAUGUUGUAAAAUGGUGCUAAUGUGUUUUGGUGAUUGAUAGAUAGCAUUAUAGGUAGGUAGCCUGGUUCCAGUUUGUCAGAGAUGGAAGAGAUAAGGAGGGAUGGGUCGGAGAGUGGGGAGCUGUUGCUCAAUUAAUAUUUAAGAGUAAU